ACUCACUACGAUGGCGACGAUAUCCUUCAAGUCGAACAGCGUGACUCUGGGUGACCGGCGCGUGGCGUACAUUGUCUCGGAGCCAGCGAGGGCGCGGGCAACGCCAGUGGUCGCCAUCCACGGGCUGGGAGGCAACUCGUCCUUCUGGCUUCCCGCGCUCGCUGCCUCGGGCCUUGGCGACCGCCGCGCGCUCUACGCGUACGACUUUGACGGGCACGCAGGGAGCGACUGGUCCGGACGGCAGCUGAGCAUCGACGACCUCGUGGCUGACCUUGGAGGCGUGUUCGAUGCGCUUGGCUUGCAGCGGGUCGUGCUGGUCGGGCACUCGAUGAACGGCACCGUCACGUCGCUGUUUGCCCAGCGAUACCAGGACCGAGUGGAGAAGCUCAUCCUCCUCCACCCGGUACGCAACAUGUCCCCCGCAGCGCAGGAGGGCAUGCGCGCGCGCGCGGCCGCCGCGUCCACCGUCGAGGGGCUGUCGGGCAUCGCCAACACGGUGUGCACUGCUGCCGUGUCGGCCGUUAGCCGGCAAGACCUGGCGGUCCGCACGCUCAUCCGGCACUGCGUCGCCGCCACCAAGCCCGCCGCGUACGCCGCGGCGUGCCUUGCGCUCGCUGGCGCGCCGCACGUCGACGCGAGCAAGACGGGAGUGCCGGUCCACAUUAUCGGCGGGGAGGAGGACUACCUCGCCGGCCCGGCGGCCGUCGCUGCCUGGGCCAAAGAGGCCGGCGGGACGCACAGCGUGCUUCAGAACGUUGGACACUGGGGGGCGAUCGAGUCGCCGGAAGCUGUCGGCCGCGAGCUCGCGUGGGCACUGGCACCAGAAACGUACAAACUCAUCCUCGGGACUUUCCGAUCUCCAUAUCUCUACAACCUGAGCUUCGACACCCGCUCCCGCAAGCUGGAUCUCACAAAAACGAGCCAGGCCGUCGGGGGCCACUCGUGGCUCGACGUCUCGAAGAACGGCAAGACGCUAUACUGCACCGUGUGGGGCGAGCCUCCGCGGGUCGCGAGCUAUGUGCUCAACGACGACGGGGUACCCUCCUCGCCGACCGCGGUGCAGCUGCCAUACCUCUCGGGGUAUGUGUGCGCGAACACCAAGGCGAUGUACUCUGCCGCCGGGCCGCAGGUGGACGUGUUCCUCCUCGACUCUACCGGCCAGGUGUCCGCGACCGCAGCGCAGAGUUUCAGCCUCGUCGACAAGCCGGCCAACGGCGCCAACGGCAAGCUUCCCGAGCUCGAGUUCGGCGGGCUCCGGCACGGAGGGCACAGCGCCGACCUGUCGCCCGACGGGUCGAAGCUGUACGUCGCCGACAUUGGGCGGAACUGCGUCUGGGUGUACGGUGUCGACGCGUCCACAGGACUGUUGACCGAGGCGUCGAAGAACGUCGCCACGCGCCCAGACGACGGGCCACGGCACGCCUGGCCCCAUCCGAACGGGAGGAUCGUGUACGUGCUGCAAGAGCACAGCAGCUACGUCGACGCGUUUGAGCUGGCUGGGUCGGAGCUGCAGUUCCUCGAGGGCGGGCGGAUCCUACCGCCGGGCGAGGAUGCAGCUGCGUACUGGGCCGACGAGGUGCGCCUGUCCCCCGACAAUGGCUGGGUGUUUGGCAGUGUGCGCGGCUUGACGCCCGAGAAGAGGGGGUACGUCGCUGCGUGGCGCCUGCGGCCGGACGGGCGCUUCGAGAAGCCAGGCGACGACACGGCCGACCACCGCUUCCAGACCUCCACGAGCGGGGGGUGGGCGAACGCCAUUGCUGUCUGCCCCAACGCUGGGCCGAACGGCGAGGUCUGGCUCACGCUCACUGAUAGUGAGGAGGGCUUUGUCCAGAUGCUCGAGUUCAGCGAGACCUGCGGGUUCAAGGUCGUCGACGAUGUGCGCCUGGGAAGUAAGGAGGAGCAUGUGGGCGCGAGCGUUGCGGUGUGGCUGUAGAGUUAGAU